GUACUAAUCAGUAAGUGAUUGGCAACGAGUUAAGCGAGACAAGUGAUUAAAAAAUGGCAUCCGCGACGACGUCGCACAAUGAGGUUUCGCAACAAUUUUCUGUCAACAAACUUAUUCGCGUUGGUUAUUACGAAUUGGAGAAAACAAUCGGCAAGGGUAAUUUUGCCGUUGUCAAAAUGGCAACCCACGUUGUAACAAAAUCCAAGGUGGCUAUAAAAAUAAUAGAUAAAACGAAAUUGAACGAGGAGAACUUGGCAAAAAUAUUCCGGGAGGUACAUAUAAUGAAAAGGUUGAGGCAUCCGCAUAUUAUCAGAUUAUACCAAGUGAUGGAAACGGAAAAGAUGAUAUAUUUAGUAACGGAAUAUGCUCCGGGAGGUGAAAUAUUUGAUCAUCUCGUAAGGAAUGGAAGAAUGCCGGAGCCAGAAGCCAGGAGAAUAUUUCGUCAAAUUGUUCUUGCUGUCCGUUAUCUACACCAACAAAGAGUGGUACAUCGAGAUCUUAAGGCUGAGAAUUUGUUACUUGAUGCAGACAAUAAUAUUAAACUCGCCGAUUUUGGAUUCAGCAAUGAAUAUACUCCGGGUGUACCGUUGAACACUUGGUGUGGAUCGCCCCCUUACGCGGCCCCAGAAAUUUUCGAGGGAAAACAUUACGACGGGCCGCGUGCCGACGUAUGGAGCCUCGGCGUUGUCCUGUAUGUGUUAGUGUGCGGUGCAUUACCAUUCGACGGUCCUACGAUGCAAUUAUUACGCUCCGUCGUUAUCUCAGGAAAAUUCAGAAUUCCCUUUUUCAUGUCAGCAGAUUGCGAAAAAUUAAUUAGGCAUAUGCUGGUGGUAGAACCGGAAAGACGUUUGAGCAUUUCCCAAAUUUUAGCUCACUCUUGGAUGGGUGGCGAUGGUUUAACGGAACCGGAACCCGGAGGGUGCACUCCUGAAACGGCCGUUCCACUCCAAUUGAAUCAAUUAGUUAUAGAAAAUAUGCUUAGAUUACCUGGGCUUAGUGCUGACACAUUGUUAAAAGCAAUUCAAGGAAAUGCGUUCGAUCAUGUCUCAGCGAUAUAUAAUUUAUUAGUCGAUCGAUUGGAACCGACGAUGUCUGCCUUACCUACCAUACAAAAUAUUCCAGGGGAUUAUAUGCCCGAUGGCGCACAUCAAUUGGAAAAGUUCGGUGAAGCAGAGGCAGAAAGCGAAGAGAGAAGCGGUCUUCAAUUAUCACCCGAUACGCCAUAUCACGCGACCCGAAGGCACACAGUAGGACCCGGUGACACGACGCAUCAACCACCAACGUCAUAUCCGUACGCUUAUAAUCAUACUCCGGGAUAUCAUACGUUGCGGCCCCUUCCAAUAUUACAAUUCAAUAACGACCCCCAAGUUUUGCCGCAUACAAAUUUACCAUUGAAUCUACCGCUGGUUCAACACCAACCACCUCAGAAUUUUCAAAUCAAGGAUCAACAUUUAUUAAAGCCACCACCCGUAAUGGGCGCCACAGGAAGCUUUGGACGAAGAGCCUCCGACGGAGGGGCCAAUCUCCAUGUUUUUUAUCAACAGCACGGUAGUGGUACCAGCGGCGGCAGCGGCAGCGGCAGCGCCGGCGGCGGGGGCGGUGGCGGCGGUGGCAGCGCCGGUGAGAACGGUGGAUGGAGUCAACCUGGUAGCCGUGAACACUUGCAGCCUUUACAACCUGGGAGCCCGUCAUUGGUACAAUGUGCGCAAACGUCGACGGUUACCGUCGGUGGUACUGGAAAUGGAGAUGGUAAUGGGACCGGUGGUAAUGCAAGCGGAACUGGUACAAGCGAUAGAAGACGACGAAGUGGGUUAACUGCCGUCAUGCAAAGACCAGUUAUAAAUCCGGAACUGGUUAUGGAGGUGGAAGCUAGGAUGAACAGAGCUUACCUGCCGUCACGAUUAUUACCGAGUCAUCUUAGAGGGCCGACGCUUCCACACCACAGGAAAACUUCGUUGUAUCACGCUAGUGCUGGAAGUAGAGAUUCGUAUAAAGAGCCAAGCAGUCACGUCGCAACGGAGAGAUACUCGCCGGUCCGUCGUGCCUCGGAAGGAUCAGGUCCUCCGGGUCCUGGUAUACAAGCGCUUCAACAAGAGUACCAACAGUUGCAGAGGUUAGCGUCACCUUCGCACAGUCCGGCCAGUAUACCAGGGUCUCCGGUUCACGAAAGAGGCGUAGCAGCCAUUACGCAAGGUUUGAGCGGUUUGACGACUGCACCCGUACAAGGUAGUAUAGUGCACGGUACUCCUGCGCAAUCACCGGCCACGCCAUUAGAUUUAAGUCCCUUAAGACAUCAUAGAUCACCGGCUACAACGCCUGUCAGUUAUUCGCCUAGCAAUAGUCCUGCUUUGGAUAUGAUUCAAGAAGAGCAUCCUGUAGAAAUACCACGAGCAUCUGCCGUUGGAAGAAACGAAGAAACGAUGCGACAUGAGGGAGAAAAACUUAAAGAAGAACGCAGAGAAUUGGAAGAAAGAAAAAUCAAGAAAAUAACAGAGAAGACAUUGUUUUUUUAUUAUAUAUGGAUAUAUAAUACAUACGUAGAGAAAUGUUGUGCGUCAAUGCUCGAAGAGCGUUCGAUGGUACGUUUCUCAAGUCGCGGCUACAAUCGGCUGAUCCUAAUAAAUUCGAAAUAGAUUUAAAUUAAGUGAUAUUAGCUUAUUUUUGUUUGGCCAGGUGCGAGAUGCGCGCGCAAAAAAAAAUUCUUUUCUUUAAUUUUCUACUUUGUUAAUUCGAAUAUAGAGACAAUUUCUUUUUGUUUUUCUUCGAUACACAAGGAUGAAUUAUUAAUUUUGCUUGAAUCAAUUGCGUGUCUCCGAUAGAAACGGAGCUGAUAUUUACUCUUUGCGGAUCAAUCUGUUGGCCGACGAUUGACAGUUACGAAAAGGAACAGCUUCGAGACAGAGAAUAACUAGCUAUUAGAAAGUAGACUUUCUUGGCGUUGCAACCAUUUUAUGACAUCAUCUUCAUCGUCGUCGCCGUCGCCGUCGCCGUCGUCGUCGUCGUCGUCGUCGUCGUCGUCGUCGUCGUCGUCGUCGUCGUCGUCGUCGUCGUCGUCGUCGUCGUCGUCGUCGUCGUCGUCGUCGUCGUCGUCGUCGUCGUCGUCGUCGUCGUCGUCGUCGUCGUCGUCUUCGUCGUCGUCGUCGUCGUCAUAAAUGGAGAGAAUCAUAUCGAGGAUCGAGGGAAAAGGGAAGGGAUCUUGAACGGAAAGCGGACAGAAAAAGAAGGAAAUGUUACAAAAGUUGUCGUAACUAAAGAAAAAAAAAAAGAAAAAACAAAAAGGGAAAAAGAUAUUUGAACUAGAUUGAUUUUUAAGACGAUUCGUUCCUUUUUUCCUUUUCAUGUAUUAUUGUCGUACUGCUUUAUCGCGAAUCUUUUUUCUUUUUUUUUCUUUUAAGUAAAGAUAAAGAUUUUACAGUCGAAGAAAGGUUCGUAUAUAGAUAUGUAUAUAUACGUAUAUUGAAAUGUCACUUUUAUUUUGCAUAUUAUGUCUCCAUUAUUUUGCGUAGAUAUGUUUUGCAUAUUUCGUUUGACGGACAUUUGCACGAAUAUACCGCAUAUGUCGUGCAUAUGUGACAGCGUAUUUUUAUUUUCGACAUAAUAUGUCACCAAUUUAUCCUCGCUAUCAUCAUUUGUAUAUAAUUAAAUAGGCAUAUCUCUAAACAUUCGUAAUCUAAUCGUCAGACAUGAAAUACAUACAUAUAUAUCUACAAGUAUGUACUAUAUUUGAUCAUUUUCACAGCGAUCGUGGAGCUACGAAAAUUCGAUUCGACGGUCUUCCUUUGAGGGGAGGGCGAGGGGCGACAAAUAAAUAAGAAAGGAAAGAAGAAAGAUAAGAGAGAAAUGAAUUAAACGAAAUUACUAUGUCAAAUGACACAGAAUUUACUAAUACGUACGAUGUUACAGAGUCAAUCGAUAUAUCAUAUUUUGUAUAUUUGACGCGUACAAGACGGAAAAAGAAAGAAAUAAAGAAGGAAAGAAAGAAGGAAAGGAAAAAAGGAUAGACAAGAGACAUUUGCGUGGGUACAUAUUGUAGAUAGGUGUACUACUCGAAAGUGCUUUCAGCUAGCUCGUCGAACUUGUUUUCGUAAAUGUAAAAGUAUCGCGUCAAAAGUACUCGCGUAUUUAAAAUUAUCCUCUUAGCCGCUAUCGAUGUAAGAUAUCUGAAUUUUUGUCGUAUCUCGAUCAAUUUGAUUUUGCUCUAUCGCGAUUGUUGUUCCUUUUUAAACGGUGUUUUAUCGUAUUUAUAUAUACAUAUAUAUGUAUAUGGAAAUUCGAUGCCGAUGCGAGAGAGGAUGAACCUUAUUAUUGUAUAUACACACACACACACACACACACACGCGCGCACGCGCGCGCGCGCGCGCCCGCCCGCACACACACACAUACACGCGCGCACGCACGCACACACAUGUAUAUGUACAUGUAUAUUUAUAUAGCUGUAUAAAUACAUAUAUGCGAGGAUGCGUCUGGAUGUCGUCAUAAGAAAGGAGAGAAUCAUUUGUAAUGUACAUUAUAAAUAUUACUAUGCGGAUAGGUUUACAAGAUAGUAUUUUCUGUUGUCAAUUCUUCAACUAAGACUGUGAUUUUUAAAUAUACUAAUAAUAGAAUAUAAAGUA